AUGUCCCAAAUGGUGUGUGGCCACGCCAAGUUGUUCGUUGCCCUCGCUGGGGUUAAUCAUCGAUUGUCGGUCGAGGUCGAGGCGGCUGUAUCCAGACUGGAGCCAAGAGCCAAGAGCCAAGACGGGAACUUGACUUGGGAUGAUGCUGUACAUGUAGUCGGUGUCAUGCCUGCAGGAUCGCGAUUCGCAGUUGCGCAAGCCACUCGCUGUUAA